GCGCGGUCGUCGUCGGGGGUGGCAGCGGUAGAGGGGGCGGCGGCCGUGGCGGCGGCGGGGACGGCAGCUGUGACAGCGGCGGCAGCGCGGGGCCUGGGACGGGGAGAAUGAGGCCGCGGCGGACCAGCGGCAGAGCCUCGUAGCGGAUAAGCAGCUCUCCCUCCCUGUUUCCCUUGGCCGAGUCAGGGGCGCGCGCGCGCGCGGCCGUCUGGAGCGGGCUCCCCACCCUCUACUCCCGCGACCCGCACAGUACCCCCACCCGGGCCCUGAGGAUGAUGAAGCUCAAGUCGAAUCAGACCCGUACCUAUGACGGCGACGGCUACAAGAAGCGGGCCGCGUGCCUGUGUUUCCGCAGCGAGAGCGAGGAAGAGGUGCUACUUGUGAGCAGCAGUCGCCAUCCAGACCGAUGGAUUGUCCCUGGAGGAGGCAUGGAGCCUGAGGAGGAGCCGAGUGUGGCAGCAGUCCGGGAAGUCUGCGAGGAGGCUGGAGUAAAAGGGACAUUGGGAAGAUUAGUUGGAAUUUUUGCGAACCAGGAGAGGAAGCACCGAACGUAUGUGUACGUGCUCAUUGUCACGGAAGUGCUGGAAGAUUGGGAGGACUCAGUCAACAUUGGAAGGAAGAGGGAAUGGUUUAAAAUAGAGGAUGCCAUAAAAGUGCUGCAGUACCACAAGCCCGUGCAGGCGUCGUACUUUGAAACGUUGAGGCAAGGCUAUUCGGCCAACAACGGCACCCCGGUCGUGGCCAGCGCGUUCUCGGUUUCUGCUCAGAGCUCCAUGUCAGGCAUCAGAUGACUGAAGACUUCCUGUCAGAGAAUGGAAAUUGGAAACGAGACUGAAGUGCAGCCCUUCCCUCUCACCCUUGCUCUUUCCACCUCUCCUCACAGGCCUCCUCUUUCAAAUAAGGCGUGAUGGGCAGCAGAGAAGGGUUUCUUGGUAAUGUUGCUGUUUGGUGUUAAGUGAUGGGGCUUUUGCUUCUCUUUUUAUUGAGGGGGGUGGGGGUGGGGUGUGUCAUUUGUAAGUACUUCUGUGCAUGAUGUGUCCCUCCCUUUCCACACCCCUACAAGCCUCUAAAAAGCGGCAAACAGCUUUCUCUCGCCUUGGAUUCUGAAGUAUUCCUGUUUGUCUCAUCCCAGCCCUGGCCAGACAUUUUUCUUUGAUUUUUCUUUUUUUUUUUUUUUUUAAUUAAAAGAUACCAGUAUGAGAUGAAACCUUUCAAGAAUUUGUUCUGUAAUGUGCUAUUAUUCAGUCCAGCAGGUCGGUCACUGUCACUGCAGGAUCCAUUGAUCUACACAUUAUGUACGGGGCAUAUAAUAUGUAAAUGACUUUAGAAGAGGAUUUGAACUGUUUAAAUUUUCCAAGGUUUUGUUUUGGUUUUUGUUUUUCAAAUUGGGGGUGUUUCUGAAACAGAGAGCCUCCCGAUUUCCAUUUUGUUUUUCAUUCUAGUGCUAGGUAAGUGUCCCUGUGCUGACUCUGCUCCCCGACAUCCACUGAGUUGUGUAGGGUCCGGGAGAAUGGUGGAGCUGCCUUCAUAGUGCGCCCGGGCCUCACAGCCUUCUGUGCUCCAAGCUCUGCUUCCAUGCCAAGAAAGAAACAGGAAGGAACCUAUUUAAUUUUCUAUUACCAAGCCAGGAGCAAAUGGCCUCAGCUCAGAUCUGGAGAAACAAUGAUAGAAAUUGAAUUCCUCCCCGCAUGUUGACAGUAGGGAUUUGAACUGGAUUCUUGGGAUUACUAUCUAAAAAACUGGAGCUCAAGCACUGUUCCUCUCCUGCUGGUUUGGGAUUUUUUCCAUAUGCUACUUAGCGCCGAGAACGGCCUCUCCUUGUGCACACACGCCUUACAGCGAGCCGACUGGACAUUGUCCUGUGCUCUGAAACAUGUGACUCGCCUUGGCAAGUGCAGCGGGACAGUCCUGUCCCCCACCCCCGGGCUGAGUUCCUGAAAAGUACACAGGAGCAAAGUUCGGGUGUUUGCUUGUCUUCGUAACGUUACAGCCCUUGUAACUGCAUCAUAGAGCACGCUCAGAAACACUGGAUCUGUCUCCCGCUGGGAUGUGAAAGGUCCGUCUUCUGCUGAGAAGUGAUACGAGAGAUGCUUAAUCAUUUACUAGAACAGCUGCAUAAUGCAUCGGCUCCCUGCAAACUGUCUUGUUGGGUUUUGACACAGGUUUCGUGCUGGCUUCGUUUGCCAAUUGUGUGGUUUAGUUGGGAAAUAAGCAGAAAGGGGUCUUGACAUACAGAGGUGUGACUGAGAGGGGAGACACUGAUCAGUCCCUGGCUCGGGACAGGAGUUGUUUGUUGCUACGCUCUUGGUGGCAUCUCCUUGUCAAAACAUAGCCGAGAUGUGAACCUAGAACCGUAGUUCUCUUUAUUUAAAAAGUCUAAUAAAUACUCAAACGUUGCAAAGCUUUUGCUCUUCCCUCCCACUAAAGAAAUGUAUGUAUCUGAUAGGCCUGUGUCAUUUAGUGUUCAGCAUUUGGGGGACAUCAGUUGGUGAAUUUAAAUUUUGCCAUCUACUCUUGGUUUGCAUCUUUCCUGCCAGUCUGAAACACAGAACCCAAACAGUGCUGGCAGUUUCCGUAGGAUUCCAUCCUGUCUCUGGAAAAGGAAUUCUAUCCCCACGUUGGGGUCCCAGUGGAUAGAAACCACACCUGGGAUUUGAGUCCAAAUGCCAACUCAGUGUUCACAUGUCCUACUUAAAAAUGAACACACUGCUGCUUGUUGCCUGAUUUAGAGCACCCUAAGGUUCUGUUCAAAUACAUAAAGGGGAAAAUAAAAUAAGUCCAACUGAGCACCAAGUGGCAUCCCAAAAGCACAUUCUUCCGAAUAAAUUCUACCUUUAUGAUUUGGAUUGAAAGUGCUUUGCAGGAAAACAGUCAGUACUCCUGAAAAGGGAACUGCAGUGUUAAUAGCAAUUUGUGCACUUUGUAAUGACCUGCAGGUGUUUUUCCUGGGUUGGUGUAACAAUAUACUAUCCUACAAAGGCCUGUUGGGAUUGUUGUUGGCGUCUUUGGGUCAGGAAAGUGAACUGUGCCAAGAAGUAUUUUUCGGUGACAUGAAUGGAUCUAUUAAUGCAGUUAACUGGAGAGAUUGUGCUGAUGCUUUCUUGAGUGACAAAAGGAGGCUUUGUCCACCACCAGAACUGGUGACACUGGUGAUGUUUUCUGUUGCACUGGGAUUCUGGUCAGCAGGGAUCGGUGUUUUUCCCUCCCUGGCACCAUAAACAGCAUGGCUGCCCUUACUGAUGUGUGGUCACAGCCCUUGGUGGUAGGUUAUUUAGACCGAUGGUUACAGUAAACAUACCUCUCCAAAGAAAGCGAGGAGAAACAAAAGAAAGCCCAAAAAUCACUGUUCUUGCAAAAUAUUUCAUUGACACUGAUUUGCCAGUAAUUCUGCAAGUACUUAAUCAGGCUUGACAAAGUUUCCUGUAUUCAGGACAGAAAGAAAGUCUCUUUCUCACAGUGAAUUUGCAUGUCCUAGAUUCUGGUUAUUACUAGGGCAUCCAUCAGAGUCCACCAUCCUCGGGAUGGAGAAAGAUAGCAAUGGAUUUUUUUUUCUUAAUUAAAAUUUGUUUUUAGUUUAUAAAUUACAGCCAUUGGGGAAACACCAGUGAGGUCAUGCCAUCUUUUUGGACCAGGACUUUUCGUGUGUGUGUGUGUGUGUGUGUGUGUGUGUGUGUGUGAGAGAGAGAGAGAGACAGAGAGACAGAGAGACAGAGAGACAGAGAGGGGCUACCCUCAGGAGUCAGCCGUGUUAGAUUAUUUGUAGCCCUCCAGAACAAUGCAGCCCAUGAAACAGGAGUCUUGAUUUUUCUUGUAGCUAACCUAACAGGAUGUAAACGUUCAUGAAUUGACUGUUUUGUUUUCACAAGUGUCUGCUGCUCCAUCUGCCCUGCGUGGAGAGGGCUCUCUCACUGAGAGGCCAUCUGGAGGGAUCAAAGAACGUGGAAGUGUCCCCCCUGUGCUGGGAGGGGGCCUGCCGCGGGAUUUCCGCCCUCUGCGGUGUGGCGCGCAGUUCUGUGGGCGCAGCCGGGAGGCGCUUCAGGCCUUACUUCUCUCAGCCUCUGGGGGCAGAGUGGGUCCUUGCCCUCUAGGAGUGUUUUGCAGCAGUUUCGGAAACAUAUUGCUACAUAGUCAGGUUCCUUCCUGUCAAAAAUAUGUUUUGAUAUUAGGAGUCAGCCCAGGGAAAGUCUCUAAGACUUGCUUAGAAGGAAAAAGUCACCUUUUGUUUUUAGAAGAAAAAAGUUCCACUCAGAACCGUUUUUCCUCGUUCUCCCCCCCUUUCUCUUCCCCACACCUAUUGCUCCUUGGGGCUCCUUCUGAGCCCAGCUGUGCGUUUCACACGUUGAACUUCACACAUUUGUCAUUUCCAUCUAGUGCUAUAUUAACGCCUUUGUUAGUCUCCCCACCUGAUGUUUUUUUUAAAAACAGCUUAGCCUGAGCCACAUUUUUUUAUUUUUAGUUUACAAAAAGGAUUUAAUAACUACAAUGUGAUUUUUGCCACAACUGUGAUUUUUAAUAUUUCUGAAGUGUUCUGUAAGCCCAUCUUAGUUGAGAGUAGAUUUAGAGUUAGAAGAAAUACCUGGAGAUGUGACCACAGUGGAGUGAAUUUUUGCUUUAAGGGAAAUGAGGGUGAACUGUUGACAGUUUUGCUUCAUCCUGGUCCCACAUCUGCAUUUCAGAAAAUAAUCAGCAUUUUUACCCCCCCCCC